AUGAGUUUUUGGCGUAAUUUUGGAUUUCAUCCAAUCUCACAUAUCGAGACUAUAUUGGAUCGUGAGCAAUUCACUCUUGAUGAAUUGUUAGAUGAAGACGAAUUACUUCAAGAAUGUAAAUUACAAAACCAGAAAUUAAUAGAGUUCCUUAUCAAACCGGAAUCAUUGUCAUUAUUAUUUGAAUAUAUUACCAAGGAGGCAUCAGAAGAAUCGGAUAGAAAGAGAAAGGAGACUUAUCCUUUCUUGGCAUCUGAAAUAUUAUGUAUGGACAUUACUUCUUUGAUUGAUGCCGUCUACAAGGAUGAGCAUUACCUAUCCCAACUCUACGAUAUUGUCAACCAACAAGAGUUUAACUUGGGCCUUGCUUCAUACAUUAGCAAGGUUGCUAUUAACUUUUUGGGUAGAAAGACCAUCGAAACCAUGUCAUAUAUCAAAAAGCAAGAUAACAUCAUUGAAAAGUUUAUUAAUCACCUUGACAAGUCCCCAAUUGUAGACAUGUUAUUAAAGAUCAUAAGCAUUGAAGAGUUCCAAGGCGGCGCAGGUACCUUGGAAUGGUUAGACAAAUCAAAUUUAAUUGGAGGAAUUGUUGCCAAGUUUAGCCCAACUUUGGACUCUGAGUUCCAUGAGAAUGCCUCAUUUGUUUUAUCAGAGAUCAUCGAGUUAAAUAGAUCAUUCUCAGAUUCCCCAUUGAUAAUUAAACUUGAAUCUGAAGAAACCAUCCAAAAACUUUUCGAUUAUAUACUAUCUGAUGUUCCAUUGGGUACAAGCUUUUUACAUGGUUUAACUGUUAUAAUUAAGCUUUUGAGAAGACACAAGGAGCACAGUGAUUCAGUUGUCACCAAAAAGACACCACUUGCAGAAUUGGCACCUGUUUUCAAGGAAUCUCUUAUUCACACAGAAGAGUUGAAGAAUCUUUUGACCAAACCAACCGAAAGUAGUUUCACUACUACCACCGGUCUUCUUUCUCCACCACUUGGAUUCCACAGACUAAAGGUCAUUGAAUUCUUUGCCGACUUGAUUAAUUCUCGUUAUUUAUGUAUCGAUCAAAAGUUUAUUCAACAAGAUAUCCUAUCUGCAUGUUUGUUAUUGCACGAUUCUAAACUUCUUGAUAGAAUUAUAAAGGCCGAUGAAGAUAAUACAAAUGAAAUCAAACAAACCAAAGGAAUCAGAUACGGUUAUAUGGGUUUUUUGAACAGUAUUGCUUUUUCAAUUUGUGAAGUUGCCAAAUCAAAUCCAUCUUUGAAGAAUUAUCUUGAUGCUAAUCCAAAAUGGGCAGAAUUUGUUUCAGACUCUUUGAAACCAGUACUUACAUUGGAGAGUGAACCAUUGGGUGAUUUUAGAAUGAGCUUGAUGAUGCCACCUGAUGAUGAUGAAGAUCAAAUUUAUGAAAAUGACAAUGACGACUACAACAAUGCCUAUGACAACGGAGGGUUUGUAGAGGGUAACUUCCAAAACCACCAAAUUGUCUACGAGGACGACGACGAUGACGAGUCAUUUGCAGACCAACAACAAAACCAUCACAUCUUAUAUACCAAUCAAGAAGAAGAGGAAGACGAAGACGAAGACGAUGACGAACAAUUCGAGCAACGUCGUCCAAAGGCAUUCAUCACUGAAAUUCAAGUUGAACAAGAAACAACUCAAGAACAAGGCAACGAAAAAUCAGCAUCAGAAUCCGAAGGCAAUGAAAAUAUUAGUACGCCAACAGUACUGUCAUCAGAAGAAAAUCAACAAUAA